AUGGAAUUACCACAUUUUCAUAACAGUUAUGAUAAUAUGGGAUAUGAAAAUGAAGUUACAAAAAAAAUUGUUUGGAAAAUACUAAAUAAUAUGAACAGUCAAAAUGAUAUAACAUUAGAAAGGAUACAACAAACCAGGAAUAAAAUCGUGAAAUACUUUUUCGAAGCAGAAUUAAUAUUUAAAUAUUAUGACAUAGGGAACUCAGGAAAAGUGGAUAUAAAUGCAUUUCCAAAAAUGGCACGAUCAUUAAAACAAAUAUAUGAUUCAAAAGAUAUUAAAAAGUUUGAAAAAGAAAUGAAAGUUAAAAAAAUCACCAAAAUGACAUUACCAAUUUUUUUAACAUUACUAAAAAGGAAAUUAUUCCAAGUUAUUGAUUUUGAAGAAACUUUUCAAAAACAUUUUAAUAUCCUUGAUAUGGAAAAAAAAAAAAAUAUAAAUAUUGAGAAAUUAAAAAAAUUUGUUGGAGUUAUUGGAGAUAAAAUAAGUCCUGAAAAUUUUGAUUUUUUUAUAAAAUAUAAUAUUCAAAAUAAUGAUAAAAUUGCAAAAGACAAUAUUAUUUUUAAUAAAAAUAACAACCCUACAGAUAUUUCUUUUGAUGUAUAUAAAGAGAUAUUAACAUUUUAUAAGUCUUUUUAA